GCCACUUCCCUUUCCUGACCCCCCAAUUCAUCACGGAAGGUCCGUCAAGAUUCUUUCAAGGCUCCAGCAUCUCAGAAUGGCCGGAGUGGGGGGCACCAAGCGGGCCGGAUCUCCUACGCGAGCCAUAUCGCCGCCUCCGCUGAAACGCAAGACCGAGCCCACUAUCACCAAGAAGGCCAUGUCUUCGUUCUUCACGCCUGCUUCCCAGAAGAAGCCAGAGCAGAUUACCUGGAGGAUCGUGAACAACAGCGCUGUGAUAGGUAGAUAUACCACAGAACAGGAGCACAAACGCAGUGCAGAGAAGCCCAGGAUUGCCGCAUUUGACCUGGAUUCCACACUCGUCAGCACGGCUUCGGGGAAUACCUUCCCUAGGAAUGGAUCUGACUGGAAGUGGUGGCAUGCCACCGUGCCAUCGAAGCUCAAGGAGUUGAAUGAAAGCGGAUACUACGUAGUGAUUAUCUCGAACCAGAAGGCUAUCAGCCUCAAAAAGGAUCUAAAGGGGGGCCGCAGUGACUCUAAGAGUCUCACCAACUUCAAGGAGAGAGUGGCUGCCGUCAUGAAGCAACUGGACAUCCCGUUGAGUGUCUAUGCCGCUACGGAAGGCGACCAGUACCGGAAGCCAAGAACGGGUCUGUGGGGCGAGUUCCUGGAUGAGUACGAUUUCGAUGUGACCGGAGUCAAUUUGUUGGAAUCCGUGUUUGUGGGAGAUGCCGCUGGACGGCCAAAUGACCACUCGCAGGUAGACCGUGGGUUUGCUGUGAAUAUAGGAGUGCCAUUUCGAACGCCCGAGGAGUUUUUCCUCAACGCUGACCCGGAGCCACUCGUGGAACCUUUCGACCCGACCUUAUAUCUGCAGGCAGAACCUGGCGACGAUGUGCUUCCGCCCUUCUCACGCCGGAGUCCCCUCGAACUGGCGAUAUUCUGCGGCAGUCCCGGCGCGGGCAAGUCGUCAUUCUACUGGAACUACUUGGAACCGCUGAGUUACGAGCGGGUCAACCAAGACCUCCUCAAAACACGCCCCAAAUGCAUCAAAGUGGCCAAGGAGCACCUUGCAGCCGGCCGAUCCGUGGCUGUUGACAACACCAAUGCCGAUCCAGAAACCAGAGCCCACUGGGUCGCCGUCGCGAAGGAAUUCAACGUUCCGAUUCGCUGUAUCUAUUUCACUGCUUCCUCGGCCCUCUGCCGGCAUAAUGAUGCGGUCCGUGCCGCGAAUCAAACCUUGAACCCUGAAUCCCGAACACCCCUUCCCGGAAUCGCCUUUGGAGAUUUUCUGCGUCGCUUCAAGGAACCCACCAUGGAAGAGGGAUUCCAGGAUAUCAUCCAGGUUGAGUUCCGAUUCAAAGGAGAUCAGGAAGCGAAGCGGCUAUGGGGACAAUUCUGGGUGUAAUAUAUAAUUUAUACUAGGACUAGUACUAGAUAGCUGACAGACUAGGGUCCGGAUUGACUGAGUCUGGUUCUUCCGCGGAGAACUAGUGGGAAAGCCCUGGAGCGGACCGCCUGAUGAGGUGAUAAGCGGUGCGAGUUUCUCGAUUGGUGUAGCCGACGAUACCCAGGCCCGGGUUACGCAUCAGACAAUCUGUCUGGCCCAGCUGGCCCUUGGGAGGAGUAACUGCACUGCACGAUGGGAGUUAAGAAACAAAAGUACACUGCAUAUGCAUGCGCUCAGCAAGGGUGGUAACCAUAAUUAUUCCUCUUCGAGUGGGUGGCUGCGUAGGUAGGUCUAAUCUCUAUAUACACAUAUGCAUAAAAGAACAGGCAUCGAGGCUUUUGUGUGGGGGCAUCAACAAAUGAAGUCUAUGUAUGAGGUACAGUGGACUGUGAAAUUCAGUAGAAUAAAUCAACCAUGCCUUUGGGGGUAUAAGACAGAAUGCAACACCG